AUCUAAACCUCUUAAGUAGGUUGUAGAUAGAUAUUACCAAAAAGAAAAAAGGUUGUAGAUAGAUAGAAGAGGAGGGAGGGUUUUGAAAGAGAGAGAGAAUGGCUUCUUUGUCAAUGGGAAGUUGGGUCUGUUCAGGAAUAGGAAACCACGGGCCACCCGCUUCGCUUUCUCUACUUACUGGUUCUUCAAGAAUGACAACUUCUGUGUCUUUGAAAAUGGCUGCUAAUGCCUCAACUCGUUCUGGGUUGCUUCACUGCUCUUUUGUUCCUUCCUCUGCACUCUCUACCUUAUCUUUUUCAACAUCCUUUUCUGGUUUAUCACUUGGCUUUGGCUUCAAUUCCAACAUUGGAGUGAGCACCACUAAAAGGCAUGGCCUGGUGGUGAGGGCAAAGAAGUAUGCUCUUUGUCAGACUAAGAGGAAUAGGUCAAGGAAGUCGUUGGCUCGAACACAUGGCUUUCGCAAGCGUAUGAGCACCACCAGUGGCAGAGCAACUAUUCAGCGGAGACGUGGGAAGGGCCGAUGGGAUCUCUGCCCAAAGUCUUCACCUAGAACUGGAAAACGAGCUUAAUGUUUAUUGUUUUCUUGUACUGAUUUUCAUUGGUAGUAUGUUUUCUUUUUCAGAAUUUUCUUGUAACAGGGCAGCUGUAAUUUUCAUCUGUUUUAUUUUAAAGAACUAACUCACUAGUUUCCAUA